GCCAUAAAGCAUGAAGGAACAACUAAACCUUGCCAAUGGAAACAUUCCAAAGUGGAGAAUCCCUUGUGAAACAAGCUGACAUACAUGUGGCCUGUCCUUCCAAAUGGAGAACUUAAUGAGGCUUUUGAUUGGCCAAUUGAAGGAUUGCUGAUUCCAAAUAGUCCCUCACUAAAGAAACCAGCUGGUAUGAAAUCAGAUUGGCUUAUGCCUGUGAGACUACGGGUGUUACGCAAUGGAGACAUGGACAAAAGCAGGGCUGUCACCAUCAUUGUACCUGAUCUUACAACUGUACUGAGUAGACAAAAUAUUAAUGCAAAGAAGAGACAGAAAACAAAGGAGAACCAGAAAAUGCACCCUGAUGAAGACUCUGGAAUGGAUAUAUAUAGAAUAGAAUUCCAGCAUUUCUUAGAAAGGUGUACCACAAUGUUGAAUUUAUGCACUGCUGCUCGAAGAUUAUUCACUGAAAAGGGGAUGGAAAUCUUUAUUUUGAAAGACCUUGAAAGAGAUCAACUGGUAUACGUUUCAGGUGGAGAACAGUGGACUGAUCCUCACUUGACUAUGGCUCAGCACAAGAAACGUCUCCUACUUAAUAAUUUAGCAGUGGAUAUAUCAGCAAUCCACGCUUAUUGUAUCAUGCGUAGCCCUGAAAGUCUAGUAUUAGAAGUAAGAAGCAACAUUGUUCUUGGAGCCAAGCUGUCUGUGGAUAGAUUUGUUACUGCUUUAGAAGAAGAAAAAUUAACUGAGGAUCUGGAGGAAAACCAAACAGAAGAAAAUGAUGGCAAUAAAGAUUAUUCAGAUCAAUAUCCUGAUUCGCAUUCAAAAUCACAUCUUAAAACAGAUGCUUGGUACAUGAAAUACAAAUAUAAAUGGCAAGAGAAUUCUCCCAAUUUUGAUGAGUAUGAUAAUUCUUUAAAGGCCACAGAUCAAGAAUUAUUUGAAGAUGUAGAAUUAUUCCAGAAGUGCAGACCUCAACCAAAACUGAUAACAGAGUUUCAGAAAGGUCACCGCCAGAAAUUUGAGUUUAGAGACCAACAAACUAUAGCCAUACUACCAGAUCUUGUUUUGGGGGUCAAUGAUAGUGACAUACAUGCUGGGACUAAAGUUGUGUUGGUGGAAAAGAAACCUGAUGAUACCAAUCAGCGCUGGAUAUGGAGAGAAUAUGACAGGACAUUUCAUUUGAUGCGUGAUCCAACUCUAGUCCUGGCAGUGUCAAUGCCCAGCACUCAGCCUACAUAUUCAAAAAGUGCAGUGGAAAUGAAAGGGUGUGCUGUUGUUCUUCAGAAAUAUAAAGAACACAGCAAUGGAGCUGCCAAUCAGAAGUGGCAUUAUACAGGAAAUACCGGAGUAUUUAGUGCCUUUUACAGCACAGUGCUAGGCCAGGAAAUCACAGCAGCAAAUCAUGCUUCUGUUUGCACAUUCUCUGCGACUAAUAAAGAGAAAAUAGACCAGCCUGGCUACUAUUUUCUUUCACCCAGUAAAAAGCAGAAAGUGAUGAUAUGUUUGGCUUGUGCAAGGACUAUAAGAGGAAAGACAGAACUGAAAAAAUUACCCCCAGGUAGCAUGUUCUUCUGUGCCUCUGGAGAAACAAGUUGUUCCUCUUUGGGGCCUUUUAAGUAUGUUAAAGUGACAAAGACUGAUUUAUCCACCUUGGAAGCUGAAAUCACCCUGAGUCACUUAAAAGAAGUUCUAGCAUCUCUGCACACUGAAGUCUCUGUACAAACUAUCUCAGAAAAGAUCUCUGCAGUUAUGAACCAGAAAGCAGUAAAAAUAAUUGCAUACAGAAAUGGAGCUGGCUACCGAAAUGGGCAGUUAAUCAUUGCUAGUACAUUUCCUAUGCUACUUACCAUAUGUACAAGACAACUUGACCUUACCAGGAAAGCCUGCAAACUAUACACCAGUGAUGGAACCCUAAUCCUUCCUCUACCAGAUUUAGUUGCAUGGGCUGUAAGCAAAUGUUUUAGGCAAAGUGUCUCAGACAAAUGUGAAGAGACAACUGCAAUGGAAGAUAAGCAAAUGGAGAAAGAGAAGAUAAAAUUGGCUUUAUGCCUGGCAACUCCAGAAAGUUUGAACAUGAUUGAUGAUUCUCUGCUUACCAACAUUCUCAGAAAGCCUUUUGAGAUCUGGGUUUCCUGUGGAGAGCCUUUUUUGCCUUUGAAUGCUUUGCAAAAGGUAGAGAAGCAAGAAAAACAAAAUUGGUUUGAGAAGGACAGAAUUUUGGCUGAGCUAAAUACCAUGAAACACAAAAUGCGACAACUGCAAGGGCGACGAAUAACAGCCUCUAAACCAGCUGUGCUAGUACCCACAAAAAGCGCAAUUCAGCCUAUAGUAGUAGAAGGAGGCUGGACUGAAAAAAACCAAGAAGAGAUGAAACUCCUGGAAAAUAUUCAACAUACAGAGACACAGUUCUCAGAAGUUCAAGCAUUGCAGUUCAAAAGAAGUUCUCCGUUUUCACCUAAACUGCUGUCAGGCAACCGCAGAUGUCUGUACAAUCAACCAGCUGCAAAAAGAGUAUGGGCUUACUUGAAUGGUUAUAAACCCAAGCAAGGAGUUUAUGCCUGGGGGAAAACAAUUGCAGAGCUGCUAGAUAACUGUACCAUGCGGCUGAAUAUGCAACAGCCUGCCAAGGCUUUGUAUACCCCAGAUGGUGAGCUGCUCCAGACAUGGGAUGAAAUAGACAGAGACAUGGUUCUGUGUGUGUCUGCCGGAAAACCUUUUAUGACUAGAGAAGCCAUCAAGCAGCAAGUGGAAGUUAGAGCCAUUUAUGCCAGAAUCCAAAAGCAGCAAGGUCCAGAUGCCACUAAUAUUGUUGUUUCUCCUUCAAAAAUUUCUAAAAGCCAGGUUGUAUUAUACAAACAUGUAGUCAUCUAUGUAGUCCUUUCUUUCUCCUUUAUACCAAGGCUAUAAAUACUGUGCAGUUACUAUUACUAUUUAAGGAAAAAAAAAAUUUUUCCUUAUUAUGGAUAUUGCAUGUAAUCAUAUACAGAUCAAUUACUGUAUCAACCAACUGCGAAUAGAAAUAGGUAACUGGUUCCUAAAAAUUCUUAUUUCUGAAGAAUUCAGUGAUAAAAGUGAAACUUUCUACUUUCCAACCAUUUUUCCUGAGAAAAUGACCCAAUAUUGUACCUGAUACUGAGCUAAUCCUCACUGUAGUUAAAAGUGUUGUCCAGUUCUGGAAAAACUGUGGGCAGAUUUUAGGUCACAGUACAAUAUUUUAUUGUGAUAAGUGUGAUACCAAGUGUGCUAAGGCUUAUAAUUUCUUAAAAGGAUUUGUCAAUCCAAACCUAGUACCACUAAUUGAUUGCCAUAUCAUUUCCUUGGGUGCAAAGAAAUAUUGACUCUUGUACCAUCAUAACUUCUUUUAUGUUGGCAUUAGUCAUGAGUGAACAUAUGCUCCUGCCCUUUGUCAUGUUCCAAUUACCCAAAAAUGUUUGUAUCACCAAACCUAGUCACAGUUUGCGAACCCUUAUAAGGGAGGAUUUCUGUUCACUUAUUGGACAACAUGGUAAUUCCUCUUCAGGGGUUUGUGGGGUGAUGCUGAUGCACGUGAUACUCUGGGCUCUUUAAUUAGAGCAAUUCUUGGAGCCACUCUAAUUAAAGCCCCUCCUCCCUCCAGGCCUUCCGGAGUACAUAUAUAAACACCCUAUGUGACUAAGCUCAGAAACUCUGGUUCAGUUCUGAGGAAGUGGAAAAGUAAAUUUCCACUAAAUGAAAUAUUAACUCUCUGCUUCAUGCUUGUGACCUAACUGCUCAUAUAUAGCAUAUGAAUUUGAGUAGUGACUUCACAAAGCUGACUCCACCAAGUAUGAUUGAGAGGUCCUAGAAAUGAUUAUUAGGUAGUAACUGUCCAUCCAUAGCAGCUUUUAUUAUUUUAAUUUUAAUUUAAUUAAAAAACAAAACAAAAACAAAAAACAAAAUUACCAUUUAAAAUAAAUGGGAAAGGGGUAUGGCAGCUAACUUCUCAGAACUUCCUAAAAUACUGAAAAUAUAUACAAUUUAUGUUAUAUUGUACUAAUUUGUCUAAAAGGGGGGUGCAGGGAGUUGUACUAAGUUGUGCAAAUGUGGAAUCAUAAUGAAUUAGGUUAAGUGCUCUGUGAGUAAUAAAAAAAAAUCAAUAUUUCUUCAUUCAUCUUCUUCAUUUUCUGGUCACAUGGGAUUAAAUUGAAGACCAGCUUUAUUGAAAUUCUGGCCCAGAUCCCCUCCAGAUUCAGGUUAACUCACAGUCCCCCAGCUUCCUAGUAUGCUUUGUCCCUCCCCUGCAAAUCCCCACUCCCCCCUCACAGGAUGGGCAGGCUAGCCUUGGUCCAAGCUGUCUGCUUUAAUGAUGCAGGGAGGUAUGCUCUAGCACACCCUGGCUUCUGCCCUGAGCCACCAUAGUCAUGUGGCUGCAUUUCCAGAAUCAAAAGUGAAUGUCUGUUCACUUGCUUAUUAGUUCAAUCUAUGUAGCUUAGACUAGCCUGUGAAGAUUGAAUCGAUUCAGCCCUGGGCUUUUUGACUGUCUGUACUUAGCUCAAAAGGCUGAUGGUUCUCCACAAAGAGUUUUCUGCUUUGUAUCAAUUGUCAGUUUUGGGAAAGGAGAGGGAAUUGCUUGCAGUAUCCUCAGCAUCAAAUAGCAGAAUGUAAAUUUUCUUUGAUCACUAGCUAAGUGGAUUUUCAGGUGCAAAAGCUUAGUCUCAUAGUACAACACUUAACAAGACAGAUAUAGUGAUUCAGUGUGAAUAAGAGACUUUAUAAACUGAAUAACAGGCCAACUUAAAGUUAGUCAUAUUUAUUUUUAUUCACUGUUGUGUGGAUGCUUGUCAAGUAAAUUCAGGUUUUUGUUCAUCCAAAUGCUUCUUUGUUUAGUGGAAAUAUUCCCUCUGGUUGAAGCGCACAUGGUCCUUCUCCUAGCAGUUGGUUUCAGUGUACUUGCUAGAGUACAUGAUUAUGUCAGAUGAAUUCGAGCACCCUAGAUUUUUAAUAAACCUGGUAAUUUCCGGGUUUUUUUUUAAUCAAUUUGAAUCAGUUCUACAUAAGCCACAAAUCAGAUUUCAAUAUUUUUAUAUGAAGAAGGAAUCAUUUUAUUUUUAACCUAGAAUGGUAACAACAUCUCUGAACUUGACAGCUUUCUCUGAAAAAUAUAUUUCCUGCUGCUAAAGAAACAUUAAGGUGAUCCAAAUGUAAAUCAGCAAUGACAGGCCAGUGCCCAUAGCCUACGCUCAUUGUCCUCAAGAGAACCCUGUUUCUCUGAAUAUCUCAUGCUUCUCUUUUUAAUUAUGGAUAAGAAAACUGUUUAUACAUGAGGAUUUUAUAUCUGCAAAGUGUUUACUUGUAAGGUAUGUUCAAGAAAAAUAAAAACAGCCCGUUUUGUGACUGCCUGCUCUUCUGAAGCCAGCCAAACAUUUGAAACAGAGUAGUCUAUAAAUUAAAGUCUCUAACAUGCUAACAUACUGCAUAUACUUAUGUCAACUUAAAAAUAAAAGUUUUUAAUGACUUAUAAAAGAGGUGUAAAUACUUACAGACAAUUUUUUAGGGUUUAAUCCUCAUCGUACAUCAGAGGCAGAUUAAGAUAUUUUGGAGCCCUGGGUAGGAAGGGGAUUGGGGGCCCUCUUGGGGAAAGCUCCUGGCCCAUGCGUUAAUCCACAUAUGCCUUACAUCUACUAAUUUCACAUCAUUUUAUGUUCACUGAUAUCAAUGGAGUUCUUAUUUAUUCUAAAUAUUAAGUGGGAAUGAAGUUUGCUCACAAUUUUAUAGGAACAUUGUGAGAAUUUGUCUUGUGACCUGUUUUUCAAACAUUGGAUGUGUCUACACAAGAUGUUUCAUGUAAGUAGAUUAAUUAGCUCCUAUUAGGCUGCAAGAAACUCAUUAACUCUGCAGCAGGAUAGUAUUUGUAAAUAGAAGAACUAUCCUGCUGCGGAGUUUUUUACUCCACAGUAGUACACGUGUAGAUGCUGACAUGGGUGGCUGGAGCACGAGGGUGCUUUAGUGUGGGGGCUGCCUGCCACCAACCCUGCACUGGAGAACCCUUAUGCCCCAGCCAGCUCCUCCGCAGUACAUUGAGCUGGGUCAGAGCAGCCCUGGGCUGGCAGGCUGACUCCCUGGGCCUCCUGCCAGCUGGGAGUGCUCUGACCUGUCUCAACAUGUUGUGGUUUCAGGCACAUAUUCAAACUCCCUUGCAAUAAGCGUCAAAGUUUAUUGCUUCGAAUUAAUUGCAUGUGUAGAUGUGCUCUGUAUCUCUGUAUGAAUUCCAUGCUAAUAUUUAAUAGAAGUACAGGGGUUGUUCUAUACCUUAAAUAUAACAAGUUUUUCAGUACUCUUCUGAUAAUAGUAAACCAAUAUAUAGAGCUACAGUAACGGAAUAACAUUUUGUUAAGAAAAUUUUCAUAUAUCAAGUUCUAAAGGUUUUGUUUAUUGUAAAUAUUAACGAUUAACAUAUUAUAGCUAUUUUAGAUGUUGUAAACAAUACCUUAAUUGACAAUAUAAAAGCAUGUACAAGCUUUAAAAUGUAAUAAUAACUAAAACUUUCUUAUUUAGUCCAAAACACCCAGUUCGCUUCUGGCUCUUAGUAGCAGUGCUUAUAACAACUAGGUAAGUAUCUGCUGAAAGUAAAGGUAUGUAGAAUUUUGAACUGAAGCCAACAAAGUUUACCUGCAUCUCUGUGGAUAGAUCAUCCUGUGUGUAAAUGGCCAAGCCACUGAUGAAAGUUAUGUACCUUUUUAGCUAUUUGCCACUAGCUGUUACUUUCUAAAUUCUGGAAGGUUUUCAUAUACAAUGUACAUGGAAAAAUCUUGUUGCCUCUGCUAUGUCUGUAGUAUGCACUUCCUGUCCUAAAGUGUAUGUGAUGUCACUGCUCGUCUUUUUAAAGAUUGUUUCCCCUUUUCAAUCCAUAGAUGACAGUAGUUUUGUAAUGUAUAAAAUGUACUGUAGGUAAUUGGUUUAUAAUGUACAUUGCGGGAAGGUUAAAUUAGUUAUGUGAGGCUUAGUGUGAUUAUCCAAUAAAAGAUACUGCAGAAGUGCUGUGUAUUAUCACCAGCAUCAUUGAUCUUGCUACAGUGCAAGUAAUGCUAAUUUUAAGUCUUAUUAAUGUAAAAAAUUUUUUAAUUUUAUGUAAAAAAGCAAAUGGGCUCCAAUAUCCACGCUGAAAGAAAAGAUUUAUCAUUCUUCCUUUAAAUGAUAAUCUUACUUUUAUUCAUUAUUAAGACCUGUAAAAGGUAAAAGUACUGAAUUACAUGACUUGAAAAGAUUUGAAAGGCAUCUGUAGACUCUCCUUCAAAGAUCCAAGUGGCAAAGUUAGAGUGAUCACACUGACAAGAAAAAAGGUUAAAAGUGUCACACCGACACUAAAAAGUUAGCAGCUAGGAUUUGUAUUUAUUUUUCUUCCUUGAAAAAUGACAGUAGAUUUAAAUGUACUUAAAUCAUAUAAAUAUAGGAUAAGACUUAACCUUUCAACUGCUGCCAUAUGUCCCAGGUACCUACAGAAAGUAGUCGAUUUGAUAGGGUCAGUGUGAUACAGUGAAAUAUCAUUUUUAAGGGACAGAAUCAUAGCUACAGCUAUAGAAAUGGAGCGUAUACAUACACCUUUUAUUUGAACAGCUUUCUCUUCACACCUCCCCUCUCCUCCUCUUUGUUGCUAUGACUGGUUAGCCUUUCUCUUGCCCUUGGUCCUUUCCAACAUCUUAUUUAAAAUGCUAAUGGUCCCACUUCUUUCCUUCUGGGCCGAGUCAACAGUUUUGAACAGUAAGGAUGAGGAGGUGCAGCUUGCAGAAAUGCUAAAUCAACUGAGCAGGGGAUUACUAGACUUGGAAAUGAUGGCAACACUAGUGGAAGACUAGAAGAAAAUGCUAACAAAGAAAAAAGGGUGUCAGUCAAUGCUAAUGUGAAAAUUAGAUAUUGAAAUGUAUCAAAAAGCAUACAUAUAAUAAAAAUAUUUAGAAAAAUUGUAGGGUUGUUCAUGGGCAGAUCCAGGAUUUCAGAAAGGGGGGUAUAGUAGUAGCAACCUGUGCUGCAGGGGUGGCUGCACCCCAGCUUCCAUCCUCUCCCUCCCUCCCUCCCAGGGUAGGCAGAGCACUACAGGAGCAACAACAGGGGGCUUUUUUAUAAGUUCCUCAAGCAGGUAAGGAUCUUCCCUCCUUCCUCCUUUCCUUUCUGUGCUCAGCUGCAUGUUCCCUCCCUUCCCCUCUCAUUUAUCCUCUCUCCAACCUACCACUGCCACUAUCCCCAGGCUUGGCUAGAGACGGUGGUGGCAGUGGGUGGGUUCCCUUCCUCUGCAUCUGCUCGCAGGUUGACAGGGGACACCAGGGGACCAAGUAUGAAGGAGGGAUCUGCCCACUGUUGCUGCUGUUCCCAGCUGCACUUGGCUUCAUGAGGGAGGGAGUGUGCUGCUGAAGGCACAGGAAAGGAAUGGAGGAAUUCUUAUUUUCUUCAGAGGCCUGGAAAAAAAAAUCCUUGGCUACUUCUCCUGUGGCUUGGUCCACUGAAAGGGGGAUGUGUCCAUACCACUGUACCCUCCUGGAUCCUGCCUUAGGUUUGCUUCAUUACAAUUUUAAGUUUAGAAUAUUUUAGCAGCUCUGUUAAGUUUGAUAUUGCAUUACAGCUUUUUGUCACAAAAUAGUAUUGCAAAGAAUACCAUACAGUUCAAUACAAACUCUCAAAAAUAAUAUAGAGUGAAAUAAAAAUGCCGUGUGUUCCCAUACUCAAUCUUAAAAUAUCAUUAUUAGUGAACUGAUUACAAUAAGGAUGCUGGUGAAAUGAACACUCCAUUGUGCUAGGCACUGUCUGCUUACAAUAAGAGAACAGUUACUGGUCUGAAGAUCUUAAGGGCUCAUGGGUCUUUGCCAUUGUCUUUAAGGGGCUUUUUAGUUAAUAGAUAUGGAAGAGAGGGCCAGAAAAGAGAAAGAAAGAGGAGUUGGGCCUACAUAACAGUUCAAUUCAUCAAACCUUUGGUAAGACAAACAGGAGUGGUAUUUAGUGAUAAUUAUUUUAUAGACAGACUAUUACUAUUAUCCAGUAACUGAACUGAGACAAAGAACUCAUUUAACUUUGGCUAUAAAAUAGCCAUCUGAUGGUGGUUAUUAUUUAAUUUUUGUAUCAUAAAAGCUAUGACUUUGACUUCAAUCUCUUUUGAAUCAAUCACCUACUGGUAAAUAUUGGUCCUCUUGCCAAUCUCACUGGGCCUUUUUUUAGAUGUACAAAAUAAAUUUUAACCUUGACCAUGCAAUGGAAUGGAGAGACACAAGAUUGGGACUAUUUUAACAGAAUUUUUAGAAUCUCAGAAAAAUUCACACUUGUAUUGAAUUUUCAGUGAAAUUUUGUUUAUGUUCUUAUUAAGAAGAAUAUUUCUAUUCUAUCUAAGAUAAAUUUUGAUAACCUAGUGAAACAAGAUUUAGUGUCAGAACCUCAGUAUAACAACUUUCGCAUGUGUUCACUAUCAGUGGGGUUUCUUUUGGGUACUUAUUAAUAUUAGAAUGCCAUGGACUAUUCUAUAAACACCAGAUAUAAACAACUUUUCCUUGGCAUUUGUAUAGUAACCCUAAUCUAUGUAAUUUAUCAUCUUGGAUUAAACCAAGGGCAAUUUUCUGCAUAUUGUUGGAAAAGGAAACAUAGGAAGGAACAAUACUGAGGAGAAAGAAAAAGCCCCUUGAGGGCUGCUGAAGAAAGAUGAUCAAGGAGACUGAGGAAGGGAGGACGAAGCAUCUCUAUAGUUUUGGUAGAUCCAGGCCUCAUUUAGCCUUAAUCUAUUUCUCAAAUGUGGAGCACUUCAAAUGCAUAUAAUCCCCAUAUGAAUGUGCUGUCCGAUUACCUUCUGCAGAUAACAUGAGCAGCAGCGAAGAAGUAGUUAUAUGUCUUUGUUUUGUGUUAACUGCACAGAAUUUGCAAUUAGGAUUAAAGCACAUCAGUACAGUGCCAGCAGGUUUUGACUAGUUAAGCUUCCAAUUUUAAUUGAACUGCCUUCAGCUGGUGAUAAGAUCUGCCUUUUUCAAGAGGUCAUGUAAACUGCAUAGCUUCUGUAGCAUGUUGAAUUCAACUUGAAUUUGCAUUCAAUAUAAUGAUAUGGGGCGGAGACUAAUUUUUUUCAAUGAAAUGUGCCCCUGGGGUAACUUGCUGUGCGCCAAAGCGUACAUGGCAUGGGCAUUCCCUGGGGAACCAAAUGUCCACACAUAUUUGGAUGCACCCUAAGUGUUCUUAAAUUGAUAUGGAAGAUACUGUUUAGGCAAAAAGAUGGUGCACUUUUUAUUAUAGCUCAUCAAUGUGAACAAAAUAUUAAGAAUGUUAAUACACUAUUUUUAUUGACGUUUUAAUAGAAUGGUAAUUUUACAUUGUUUCAGAAGUUCUUCCAAAAUUAAUAUAAUUUCAUCUGACCAAUAUGAAUAGUGUCAUAAUCUUAAAUAUAUAGGCCAAAUCCAGCACAAAUUUUUCAGUGGUUAUUCAGCUUUACAAACUCCUGGAUACCAAUACAUUCUUUUUAUACUGGUGGCAGUUGGAACUCGGUCUAGGUCAAUCCAGCAAAACACCUAAGUGCAUGCUUCUCUUUAAGCAUGUCUGCAGUCUUUUUUUGACUCCAGUGAGACUUUUAUUUUUUGUAUUCAAGUACUUCCCUAAAGUCCAAAUAUAACUAGCUGAAUCAUGACCAAUUCAAAGGAAAGGUAGGCCUACUGUAGAAGGAUAUAGCAAAAAGAGAUGCUUUUUAUAAGCCACUUUGGAGUGGCUGAGGGAAGAAUUAUUUUUGACAGGGGAAAAAAAGUCACUUUUGCUUAUCCCAAAUAUAAGAAAAAAGUGUAGGCGCUGCCCAGGAUGAUGGUUUGAAUAUUUCAAAAUCACAAAUCUGUCCCUAAUAUACUUUCCUGCUUCCUAAAUUGGGAUUAAAGUAAACUGCGCCACAGUUACAAUUCAUGUAGCACUGGUCUUUUGCUGUCUUGGUUGAAGUUUCAUAUAUUUAAGCUAGGAAACCAAUAAAGCUCUUAUCUUCAAAAGACCUUUUUAACCCCUUCUUAUACCCCACAACAGUAGUACCCAGUGUAACGGUGAAAUAGAGAGAAGUUUUCCACACAGACAGAGCUAUGUAUGUAGAUCAAACCCAUCACAUCUGUCAGUUCGUCAUUGUUUUUCCAUGAGAGUGAAGUAAUUUGUAGUUUUGCACAUUUUGCAUAGUUUUGGAUAUUAAUCAUAAGAAGAAGCAGAAUUUAGGAUACAUAAAAAGAAAUUUCUGAGAUGUUAGAAAAUUAUAAUAAUACAGUAAAAGCCACAUUAUCUGGCAGCUUACAAACUGGCAUGCUCUACUAACUGGCAUGCCAGUCGAUGUAGCAAAGCGAAACUGGAAGUGCCCACCGUGGCAUUUGUGGUUUCAACAAGCCUCCGCGGCCUGGGUAAAGCAGCCUGUGCUGCCAAGCCCCCAUGGCCCGUGGCAUAGCAGCCUUUCCCCAGUGUGCCUGGGGGCCCUGUCCCUGUCCUGCGGCACACUGACGCAGUGAGAGGGACAGUGGCCCAAACAGGCAAAGAUGCCUGUUUGGGCCUCUCAGGUAACAAGCAUAUUUAGUUGUCCAGCACCCCCAAUUUCCCAUGGGUGCCGGAUAACAAAGCUUUUGCUGUACUAGCAAAUUGCCCAUCAAAAAUUACAGAGAGGGGUGGGAGGCAGGGAUGGAGCCCAGUGUUUGGCUCUGUGCCCCCGUUCCCCUUCCAUGUUAAUCUAGCCCCGCCCCCUUCAGGCCCCCCUGUCCCCCCCCGGAAGUUUGGGUUCAGGGUCAGGGCUGCACCCCCUCCUUCCCCCCACUCUGCCAUGGGCCCAACCCCAUUGCCCCCCACUUGCCAUGGUGGCCCUGCCCCCGCUUUGGGGCCAGGUCCACUCUUCCAACCCUUGCACCCACUGCUUCGGCUGUUCCCCCACCGGUCUCUUCCCCCCACUCCAGGACUGGGCCUGUGUCUGUCCCCCCUGCCCACUGCUUUGGGCCCGGGCUUGUUUUCUUCCCCCCCCGCCAGCCCCAGUAGCUUUGGGUCCCAGCCUGCUUCCCCCUGCAGCUGCAGCUGCCGCUGUGCUCCUCCCUGCUGGCUCUUGUUGGGGGAUGAGGGGGAGUGCUCUCGCCCCUGACUCCAAGGAGCAGAUGGGGGGGGUGAGGCCAGCUCCGUCCCCACUGUUAUGGUGGAGUUCCAUCCCAUCCAUCCCCCUCUGCCUCCAAGGAGCUGCCCCUCAGUCACCACUGUCAUGGUGGCUCUCCACCGUCUGUCCUGUCCAUUUAGAGCACUCUGCCAAGACAGCCAAUCAGAGCGUGAAUGAAGCGUUAUGGACAGACAGACAGAGAUAGACUAAGGCUUUUAUAAUAUUAGAAUUAUUACUGAAAAUUAGUGAGGAGAUCUCAAAAUCAGGAAGUUUGGUCAGCAAAAUGUUGAGAAACACUUAACAAAUAUUUUGACCUUUCUGUAUACAGAUCACAAUUUAAAAAACAAACGAACCUCAUUAUUAAAAACCUGUGGAACUUGGAAUUUAUAGCCAAGACUUCAGGACAUAAGAGUUUAGAAGAGGCAUCAGGAAAUCAGUCUGUGUACACAUAGCUAACAUGCUAGGUAUAGUUGCAAUCUCUCUGCAAAUAAAUUCUCUUUGUAAAAGGCCUAUUUAUUUUAAGAGACACAGAGUCCUUUCAUUUUUUAUGCACCACAUAAUACACAGACACAGCUCAUGUCACCUAACACAGACUUUAUGCUACCCUGGAAUUUCCUCAGCGUAAGACAAGUGAAACUCAUUUUACAGUCCCUUUGCUGGAGCUAGCCCAGGAUUUUUAAGUUGUCACUUAUGUAUUAUUUUUAACAAGAACAAAAAAACAUAUAUCUAAGUUGUAAGUUCAUAUCAUUAAAGACCACUAAACUUUUUCUUGACUUUUUCUGUCUGUUUUUUCUGUCUGCUUUUUUUCUUGCUAGCAGUAAAGUUUGAUGUUAAUGGAAAAACCAUUAAAAAAACCCUAUUAUCCUAUGAAGAAAAAGUGAAUGCACUCAAGUGUAAAAGGAAGACUUAUCGAUCAAUUUUCAGCUAAACCUUGCUUGUCUGACACUUCAUAGCAAUGGAAUGUGUUUUUAUUGCCUGACCAGAUAGUUCAGAUUUCCGGUCAUUCUUAGUAAAGACCCUUUUUAUAACAUUGAUAAAAUUUUAUCACAGAGUUAUGAAAACAAAAUUAGAUUUCAUAACUCACAUCAGACUUUGAGAGAACUGCUGCUAUAAAUGUUUAAAACAUUAUAUAACUUCACGCAUUUAUUCUGAUAAAUUGGGGAGGUCAAUAUUUUGAAAAGUUGAUUGUAUCUUUUACUGAAAUGUUUUUCCUUUACCUGAAUAGGUAGGGAUUUCUUUAUCCAUCAAUAAACAAAUGUCUGCAAAAGAACAGUGGAAGAAGUCAUUCGUAGAUUAUAAUUA